CCUGCUGGACGCGGCGAACGGUACCCCCAUUCGCACAUAUGGAAUGAGUCAAGAUAUGAGGUUUCAUCUCAGCAAGCUACGGGCCACUCCACUGUCUACCAUGCAAGCCGCUUUCGACUACUGGAGGAGAGAAACCGAUCUCUAAAGUUUGAGUUAGCCACGCUUCGCCAGGAGAAACAGCAGUACAAGAAGCUGAAAGCAAAGCUCCAUGCUGCCUUGCAGGAGAAAAAUCGUUUGAACCUUGAACUGAUCAACCACCACCUGAAGGCAUCCAAGUAUGACCAGGUGCAAUCUGACUAUGACCGGCUGAGACAGACCUUUGCUGUAGUGAGUCAGGAGAGAGACGUAGCCCAGGAGCAGAGGAGCCAACUCCAGGACAAAGUGAAUAACCUGGAACAGGUUUUAAAGCAUAUGCAUGAGGCUGUAGAGCUGAAGCAACAGUUACAGACAGAGCAUGAGCAAGCCUUGGUGGCCCUUCACACCAAGCAGAAGGAGAUCAAUCAAUUGCAAAAGGCUUGGGUUCAAACUGACCAAGAGCAUGAGGAAGCAGUACACCUGUUAGAGGUCAAGGUUCGUGACCUGGAGCAGAAAUGCGAGUCACACAGUGAACACUUCCACCAGCUGUCCAAAGAGCUGCUGAAUUUCCGCCUGCAGUCAGAACCUGUGAAUAUCCUUAAAAUUAAUACCACCCAGAUUCCAGAUUCCCAGAUCCCAUCCUCACCAGAGAAGAAACUCUUGCAGGCCAUUGUUGGAUUUGAAGCUCAACCAGACACAGGUGAUGAGAGUGUGGCAGACACGCCGCUGCUGAUCUCCCAGUUCUUGCCCUGCACACCGCAGACUGGAGACAGAGAACCACCAGAACUGCUGUCUGUCAAAUCCAGCACUGUGAUAACAGACCACCCCAUCCACCCCCGACAGUUUACCUCAUCAGAGAUGGAGGAUGAGGCCAGCCCAUCACCCAGGUCCAAAUCUCGCUACACAGGCCAGGUCCGCCUUUGCACUGCCCGUUACAGUUACAACCCUUAUGAUGGACCAAAUGAGCAUCCUGAAGCAGAACUCCCCCUUGUGGCUGGGAAGUAUCUGUAUGUGUAUGGAAACAUGGAUGAUGACGGCUUCUAUGAAGGGGAGCUGCUGGAUGGCCAAAGAGGACUUGUUCCUUCCAACUUUGUGGAGUUUGUCCAGGACAAGGAAAAACUAGCCAUUCAGGGUGGAGAGGGAGGGGAAGACCUGGGCUCACUUGAGCAUACAUCCCUAGCCUUGAUGGCUGUGGAUGGGGGUGCCUCCCAGGAUGGUCUCUUAAGCUCAGCAAAUGCCUUGGUUCCAUGUAGCAAUGGGACAGGUGGGCCAUUGGAUCCUGAGGACCUGGCUGAAGAUGUUGUGCCUUACCCCAGAAAGAUCACCUUGAUCAAGCAGCUGGCACGGAGCGUCAUCGUGGCUUGGGAGCCUCCACUAGUGCCUUUGGGCUGGGGUAACAUCUCUAGCUACAAUGUGUUAGUAGACGGGGAGCUUCGUGCCAAUAUACCAUAUGGUGGUCGGACCAAGUGUUUGCUGGAGAAGCUGGACCUGGAUGGCUGCGUUCAUCGUGUGUCAGUGCAAAGCAUCACCGACCGGGGCUUAUCAGAUGAGCUGCGCUGCACCUUGCUGGUGGGAGCCAAUGUGGUGGUGGCGCCGUGCGGUCUGCGCGUGGAUGACAUUCAGCGUGACACUGCCGAGCUCUCUUGGUUGCCUAGCAACAGUAACUAUGCUCACACUGUGUUCUUAGAUGGGGUAGAGCACGCAGUGGUAAAACCGGGAAGAUAUAGACUACGCUUCCACAACCUGAAGCCCCUGACAGUUUACAAAGUGACGGUGGUGGCGCAGCCCCACCAGGUGCCCUGGCAACUGCCGCUGGAGCAGAGAGAGAGGAAGGAAGCUGGCGUGGAGUUCUGCACUCAGGCAGCAGGUCCAACACCAUUUUGCAGAACAGGGCCUCCGAUGCCUCCCCAGGAUGUUCAGGUGCUCUGUGGGCAGGCUCCAGGGGUCCUGCAGGUCCGCUGGAAGCCCCCCAUCCUCUCUCCCACAGGCACAUCCAAUGGGGCAAAUGUCAUUGGUUACGCAGUCUGCACUAAAGGACAGAGGAUAGCUGAGGUGUUGUUCCCUAUGGCAGACUAUGUUACGGUUGAACUGACAAGGAUUCAAUGCCUCGAGGCCAGGGAAGUCAUCGUUAGGACACUGUCCAUCCAGGGAGAAUCCCAGGACUCCCAAGUUGCUGUCAUUCCAAACAACCUGCUUGUGCCUCUACCUCCGCUUCCUCUACCACCGCCAGUGCAUCCUCAUGCAGGCCCUCCUCCACAGCCCCAUGCCCAACCUCUCCUCCAAUCUCCUCACCUUCCUCAUCCUACACCCCAACUUCCUGCUCCACCCCACGGACAACAACUGCCACCCCAUCCUGCACAUGUUCAACCCCACCCCAGACUUCCCCAUCAAGGUGGACUCCCGCAACCCCAGCUUCGUCUCCCACACCCCCACCCGCAGCCCCUACAUCUCCAGCCUCGCCCACCCCACCAGGGUCCCAGGCCCCAGCACCAACUGCCUCCGCUGCCCCACCCCCACCCCCACCCUAUACCUCUGAGACCAGUAAGUGCCAGAGACCUGGAUGCCAAAGAGCACACGGCCCAUCACGGGGGAGCUGUUCUACCUGGCCAGCCUGGCUGGGCCCAUACACGCUCUCCUUCUGCCCAGCCUCCUGUGCCCAUGCAAGGCCAUACCCUUGAGGCCCCGCCCCCUGCCAAUCCACGGUCUCCCUCACCCCAGAGAAUUCUUCCUCAGCCCAGAGGCACACUUAUCCCAGACACUGUGGCCAAAGCCAUCGCUCGAGAAGCAGCUCAGAGGGUGGCAGCAGAAAGCGGCAAGGGAGACAGAAGGCAAGGGAGAUAUGGAGAACAGGGUCAUUCAUUUCACCAGCAUCACUCUGAUGAGGAAGAGGAUGAUGAGGAAGGGCUUGCACGUGGUCGUCGGAGAGGACCCUCAGUUGAUGAGUUCCUCAGAGGCUCUGAGCUGGGGAGGCCGCCUCACUAUAGUCACAAUGAAGAUUAUCACAGCGAAAGCAGCCGGGGCUCUGACCUGUCUGACAUCAUGGAAGAGGAUGAGGAGGAACUGUACUCUGAGAUGCAGCUGGAAGAGGGACGUCGACGCAACUCGCACAACACACCCAAGACAACCACCCCUGUUGGAGGCCGCCAUGAUCGGGAUAGUGGGAGACGAGUACAUCAUGGGGGUUCCCAGCCUCAGAGACGACCUCUAAUGGUCCCCUCAAUUGAUGGCUACAGGGAUCGGGAUCGCCGCUCUCCCACGUACUAUGAUGAGUCAGAACCCGAGGAGCUCUUUAGGAUCUUUGUGGCCCUCUUUGACUACGAUCCUCUGUCCAUGUCCCCCAACCCAGAUGCAGCUGAUGAAGAGCUGCCCUUCAAAGAGGGGCAGAUCAUUAGGGUGUACGGUGAUAAAGAUACAGAUGGGUUUUACAGAGGUGAAGUGAAGGGCAGGAUGGGGCUGAUCCCCUGUAACAUGGUGUCAGAGAUACGAGCAGAUGAUGAAGAAACCAUGGACCAGCUCAUCAAACAGGGCUUUCUGCCGCUCAGCACCCCUGUGGAUAGAAUAGAGCAGAACAGAAGAGCCCUGCGUCGAGAUCAGGCCUCCAGGAGGAUGGUGGCUCUGUAUGACUACGACCCCAGAGAGAGCUCUCCUAAUGUUGAUGUUGAGGCUGAACUCACAUUUUGCGCCGGUGACAUCAUUGCCGUGUAUGGAGAUAUUGAUGAAGAUGGUUUCUAUUAUGGUGAGAUCAACGGCCACCGCGGUUUGGUUCCCUCUAAUUUCCUGGAAGAAGUGCCUGAUGAUGUGGAGGUGUAUCUGACUGAUACUCCAUCCCACUACCCCCAGGAAGAGCCCACCAACCGGCCCCCUGCCAACUCCGCCCCCGCUGUCUCAGAGAGCAAACGGGGUACCACAGAAACCACCGAAGCAGUCAGCAAUGACACCGCACCUGACCGGGCACCGUCUCCGAUUGUUCGCCCCCUCCUCCCCGGAACCAUGAGGCCCCUCAGCCCUACAAGGGGUCCCCACGUCCCACUGGACCCCCGGGACUCCCAAGAUUUGGCAAACAAGAAGAAGAAAGGACUGCUUUCCAAGGGAAAGAAACUUCUGAAGAAACUCUCCCCUGUGAAAUAAAAAAGAAAAAAAAAUGUACAGUAAGUGCACAUACUGGGCUCUGUAUAUUGCAUCCAUACAAUCAACUCUGUUCUAACAACACGUGACAGAGAGGAUGUGAGCUGUGUCUCCUGGACUGCAUGAGCCUGUUUGAAUACAAGUGAUACAAAAAAAUAAAGUUGAGUGAUGGAUAGAAAUCGAUUAUGUACAGUGCAGUACCAGAAUCAAGAGCGAGGUCACCUGCAGACACAAAAUCAUAUAACUUUGAUGUAUUUUAAAUCAAGGGGAUGAUUUAAAAAAAAAAAAAAGACAAACUAGGAUUUUCAUGACAUAGAUUUCUGUUUUUGUUAUCAUUAGACAAAAUAAUUUUGACAUUUGUUUUAAGCAGGGUAUCAAAGCAUCUGGUUGCAAAACUUUCCAAAAGUCUUUUCUCAGCAUAAAAAAAAAAAAAAAGUGGAGUAAUGAUGUCACUACAAUGAAACAGGCACCAUGCUCGUCUAAGAAGAUCUCAAAAAGACUACACUGUUAUUGAGGCAUUCUGUGAAGUAAUGCUGGCUGCUAACAAAAUCCUUUAUUUAGUGCAAUAUCAUGGAGAGGCGGUAGCAUAUGUGGGAAUAAGACGCAUUUCCACUCGUACCUGUGAUUCAGCUGAGGUUUUUUUCUUUUUUUUUUUCCGAGAUGAAAGGAAUUUUAAAAAGAAGAACAGAUUGGCAACAGGGCAUUAACAUCAGAAACACCAGGCAAGUUUAGCUGUCUCAGUGGCCUUUAUGAAACCGAUAUGAGCGCGACAUUCCUCGUUUGAUAACAAGGUUGACUUAACUCCAGGUAUUUCUUUUAUGACGGGCCACUUGUGCUUUGUCAUUUUGGAGAAUUAAACAAAGAGCGAUAAUGUUUGUUGUCAUCCCUGUCAAACUGUCAUGAAACGCCUAGUUCAAGGCAAAAAUUUUGUGUCUAUCUUACUAUUGCACAAAGGUGGGUGUUUUGUCUGACGAUUGGUAAACAACAUAUUUUGUGUGCCUGUGUGUGUGUGUGUGUGUGUGUGUGUGUGUGUGUGUGUGUGUGUGUAUGUGCGUAUGUGACACAUUCAUAUUUUGCACCUUUCAUAUUUUCUGUUCACUUGCAUUUUUUUUUCCUGAAGGAGAGGCCGUGUAGUUAUUGGUCCUGUGUUCUAGUGAUGUGCUGCUACCUCCACUGCCUGUGCAUUGUUUAGUUCAUGCUGAUGUUCACUGGUGUUCAAAGACAGUGGAUCACCGUGAAAUUUCACAUUUGUAACCCAUAUGCUAAUGAUAUAAUUGUUAAAUUACUAACACAGUUAUUAAUAGUAAAAGCAAAGCAAAGUAUUAUUUGACAGAUGUAGUUAAAAUAUUUCGACCCUUACGUAGCGGCUCAUUUCUGCAGCUGAUAAACUUGUGAUCAAACACGACUUCCUCAAGUUCACAAAUGUUUCUUUCAGGCACCUGCAGAUGCCACAAGAUGCCAACAUUUCUUAAGGUGAUUAAGGUUUUGGUGAUGCACCUUCUUUUGAAACCAGUGAGGGACAUGCUGAAGCCUCAUAAAAACUGGAAAUCAAAAUGUUAAGAUGUGCAUUGUUCUCAUCUACCUGAUGUCUGUGGCAAAAACGUAACUUUUUAACUUAAGUACACAUUUUGUAUUGCUUACCUUUAUGCCAUGAUCUGUACUUACAUUAUAUAAGGAAUAUACCAUGCUAAAUCAAUGUUACACAGCUAUUCUAAGGGUAUCUGGUGCAUAACAGAUUUUUGCUUUAUUCCCAUGAUGUUGAAUUAUAAAAAAAAGGAGUGUGAAGUGAUUCCACUUGAUACUGUCAAUAUUUUCAUUGUUCUGUUACUGAUUGUUGACUCUCUGAAUGUUUUAUGUGUUUAAUCAAGUUCUGAAAAACAAAUUUAUUUGCACAAUGCCACUGAAAGAUUGGCACCAUUAAAGUAUGAUCAGAUCAACAGACACUUAAAAUCAUGCAGAUUGUUGGACCAACUGUCUAAUUAGCCAGUUUCUUAUUUAAUGAAUUCUUAGUGUUAAUACUACACAGACAACAGAUCAGAUUGCACGGAGACAGAAAAUUGUAACAGAAUAGGAAUUGAGGGUUUUUUUGUGUGUGAUUUGUGUGUGCAACUGAAUGCCAGACUUGUAUUUUUUUCUCUUCUUUUGAGCCGUUUGAAAGCGGUUUUCUGUCUUUAUGUUUUAUCCUUUGAUAGUUUGGAUAUCCUGUUUGAUUGGAAAAAUCUGUAGCUUAGCAAGCUGACCAAAUUCGAAACAAAACCCUUGAAAUGAAAAAAAAAAAAAAAAAAAAAAGGAAGAAAACACAUCUUGUUUUCCUCUGUUCUUACAAACAUAUUUUUAUUUGACUUUUUUAUGGAGGAGACUAUUUUUUCUGGGUUUUUGCCAUUAAGCAUUUCAUAUAUUUAUAUAUUUUUUAUGCUCAAACUAAUGCUCUGUGUAAUGGCACACAUCUCACAGCAUAUAACUCAAAUGGACUGACUUCAAAUGGCAACCCAUUGUUUUACCUUUCGAGGUCACAGAUGUGUGUUAAUUCUACAAGAUUAUUGGAAUAAAGUAAUAAAGUCUUAAAUAUUAACUUAAUAAGAAAGAACCUGCAUUGUCUACAAACCUUUUGUGUGCUGUGGAGAGGAUUACAAGAGCUCACAAACUACCUGAUGUAAAAGCAUGUGUCAUAGCUUUAAAAAAAAAAAAUCCCUGAAAGAUUUAUAAUUAUGUUUAGCUAUAAAUGUUCAUUAUGCCCUGUCCAUCUCCAGUUGUCCCCCAUGUAAAGUUGCACUUGACAGAUGAGUCAUUUGUGGGUUUGCUGUGUGGCACAGGGUUCCUUUAUUCGUGAAUAUUGCGGAUUACAUGCAAAGAUAGGAGAGGAUAGCCAAAGUGGAAUUUAGGCUGGCACUGGGUUUACAUGUUAUUAUUUUGCAAAGCAGUUUCUGUAUAGUUUCUCUUUCAAUCUUUCACAAAUUUGAAAUCAUACGGUGUUCCAAUACCAAAUCAUUCACUUGUGAAUGGGUGUAGUGUCUCUAAACGCUGUAGCUCUUUUGUACUUCAAUUCAUUUGUAGAUAAUUUAUAAAUGUUUCUACUUGAUUUUAUGACAGCCUUUUUUUUAGUGCACUGAGAUUUCCUCUCAUUGUAAAAGACUGCAAGCAUUCUCCAUAGUGUCCUUUGAAAUCACAUGUAUAAGCCCACCGUAUGUGCUUGCUUUGUGAAUCAAGGUUAAAAAAAAAAAAAGAAAUCAAAGGAAAAAAAAAGAAGAAGAAAAAGAAAUCACUGGGCAGUAUUUAUGGUGAUUAAUUAUGUAUG